CUUACAAAGACUGCUGUUUCAUGUAUUCUCGAAUAGGAGGUGUCAGAUCUCUUCAGAAGCAUUUAGAAAUUCUACCUGUGGAGGACUAUGACAACACUUUGAUAUUUGAAGCCAGGUUUGAGAGUGGUAAUCUGCAAAAGGUGGUCAAAGUCGCUGAUUAUGAAUAUCAGUUGACUCUGCGCCCUGACCUCUUCACAAGUAGACACACCCAGUGGUAUUACUUUCAAGUGACCAACACUCAAGCAGGGAUACCCUAUCAUUUCACCAUUGUCAACUUCACUAAGCCAGAUAGUCUGUACAAUCAAGGCACGCGCCCUCUCUUCUGCUCUGAAAAAGAGGCCAAGACAAACAAUAUUGGCUGGCAGAGAACAGGAGACCAAAUCAAGCAUUUUAGGAACAACAUAGGGCAAGAGGGGCGUCAGUUCUUUUCUCUUACGUGGACUUUCCAAUUUCCAUAUGACAAAGAUACAUGUUACUUUGCUCACUGCUACCCAUAUACAUAUGCCAGCCUGCAAGACUACCUUUUAGGUAUCACUAAUGACCCAAUCAGGUCACAGUAUUGUAAAAUCCGUGUGCUCUGCCACACACUUGCUAGGAACAUGGUAUAUGUUUUAACAACUACUACUCCUUUGAAGAAUACUGAAUCAAGAAAGCGUAAGGUGGUGAUUUUGACCGCCAGGGUACAUCCAGGAGAAACCAAUAGUUCUUGGAUCAUGAAAGGCUUCCUGGAUUACAUCCUAGGAGAUUCAAGUGAUGCUCAGCUGCUCCGGGACACAUUUAUCUUCAAAGUGAUACCUAUGCUGAAUCCAGACGGUGUGAUUGUGGGAAAUUAUCGAUGUUCCUUAGCUGGACAGGAUUUGAACCGUUGCUACACAUCUGGCCAAAAGGACUCUUAUCCUUCUGUUUGGUACACCAGGAAUAUGAUCCGUAGAUUAAUGGAAGAUCGGGAAAUUCUCCUAUAUUGUGACCUUCAUGGCCACAGUAGGAGAGGGAAUAUCUUCAUGUAUGGCUGUGAGGAUAGUGAUGAAAAUAAAGAGUUGUGCUUAGAGCAACGAAUAUUUCCAUUUAUGCUGAGCAAGAAUUGUCCAAACAAAUUUUCAUUCUCAGCUUGUAAGUUUGAUGUUCAGAAGAGCAAAGAAGGGACAGGAAGGGUAGUUAUGUGGAAGAUGGGAAUCCAAAACAGCUUUACCAUGGAGGCUACUUUCUGUGGCUCUACUCUUGGUAAUAGACGAGGUACCCAUUUCAACACAAAAGACUUGGAGUCUAUGGGAUAUCAUUUUUGUGAUUCUCUUUUAGACUAUUGUGAUCCAGACCAAACAAAGUAUUAUCAAUGCAUGAAAGAAUUAGAAGAAUUGGAGAUGCAGCAGUCAGGCAUAACAAACUCAGAUAAAAUGCAUUAUGAUUCAGAUGCUUCAUUCAUAGAUACUGCAUUGGAUCUAGAUUGUAGUGAUGAAUCUGACAUUUCAGAGACCAGUGAAACUUCAACUUUUCUCAAAGAAACUUCCCAG